UAAAACGUCUGAUAAUGCAUUUUUGCGUGCUCCAAAUUUGUGUUUUGAGAUUUGUUUGCAAUUAAGUCUAAACAAAUAUGAAGCAGUAGUAUACUUUAUCGUCUUAUAGAUCGCACGAGAUGUUGCUCGUUAGGACAAACGAAUUCAGGACAAUCAAACAAUUUUUAUUGCUCUUAACGAUGAUGAAAAUUAUUGGAAGAACAACUGGGAUGCAUUUCUCAAAAUCCUAUCAAGAGCAUUUACACGUAAUGACAUCGUUAAUUGAUGAGUUUUAUGACCCAUGUGAGGACUUUUAUAAACAUGCCUGUGGCUAUUAUGAUACAAUCGUGGCACCAAUUGCUCCAUUCAUGUAUAAUAAGGAAGGCUUCGUGAUGUUUUUCGAGAAUAACAGAGUGAAUUUUACAACUACCGGAGGUAUCCUUUUAAACGGGCUAUACGAAUCGUGCAAGCAGAAAAACUGGGACACCUCGCAGUGGAAAAGCAUUGAUUUCUUGGAGGAGUUUACAAAAUGGCCAUUCUUACACCAUCAAUGGCAAGACUCUGGCAUUUCGACCACAUGGUCCAAUUUGACAGCACAAUUAGCUGCCAGAGGGAUUCCUGUAUUUUUUGACGUUUUCUUUGCCAAAAACACUAUUUUUAUCAGUCCAGCUGAUAUAAGAUGUCCUCCAGAAAAGCAGGAGAUAAUAGAGCUCAUUAUGAGUCCAGCGACAAGCGUUUUGAACAAUCAAAUUGCAGAGAUCAUAUCAUCUGAAUUGUGGUCCUUUUGUCAGAAUUUAAUUGGAGUUUUCCCAGCAUCCUCUGAAAUACCUGAAGACACUGAUGGUAAAAGCUUGCUGGAAACACAUGAGUUUUUUAAUUUUUUCUUCGUUGCAUUGAAUUUUUCCGAGGAAGAAAUUAAUAGUGCGCGAAAAGUUCAAAUUCGUACCGAACGUCUUGAAGAAAUUCUUAAAGUUACUCGUAAAACCGAACCAAGGAUUGUUUUUAACUUUAUUAUAUGGAAAAUGCUUGAAGCGCUUAAAUACGAUGACUGCUUUCGGCUGACUGAUGAAUUCGAUCCUUUGCUUCAAUCGGAAUACUGGAAUUGGGGUAUGAUGGAAUCCAAAUUAAGUAAGGACGUAGCUCUAGCUAGCUUCCUGUAUCAUACAACACGAUUUCAGAAACGCCGCAAGGAUAUCAUGUAUGCCGAAGACUGGGAAUCAUUCUUGGAUAAGAAGAGACGUCGAAAGGACCUUAAUCUUGAACGUCUUAUAAGGAACUACGGCAACAAUAAUCUUUCCCCAGAAGCUCUGAAGACCGAUUACUCCGAAUUGGAAAUAAAAAGGAAUGCAUUCUUUGAGAAUUAUUUUAAAAUGAAGAGAAAACAAAUGAGAUUGUCCUUUCUGCAAGACAACUACGUAGACAAGGAAGACCCAAAUCACCCAGCAAAUUUUGUUCGCAGAUUUCUCAAUUUUGUCAUUUUAACUGGACAACAACCUUUGUUCCAUUAUUUCGCCACGGAGGGAUUUGAUUUAUGGUACAAUUCGGGACUUCUCUAUUCCACCGAUGACUUGUACACCGCGAUUGAUUGCUUGGACCAACAAUCUACUUUGUACUCUGAAGAAAACUCAAUUUUUGGCAAUUUAACGGCAGUAGAAGCUGAAGACUUGUUAAAGUUUAAUCGAGCAUUUCAUGAGUCAUUUGAAGAUUACCUCUUCUGGCUGGAGGGUGAAAUGUUCUCUUUUGCCGAGGAUUAUGUGCUGGAACAUUUCAAUUUGAACUCAAGUCGGGUGUUAUUCUACUCGGUAGCACAAUUGCAUUGUGGCAGAGAUAGAGACGAAAAUGGAUACUCGGAGUUAAUAAAUAGAAGUUUUAUGAAUUCGUGGGAGUUUCAAGAUGCAUUCGAGUGUAAUGAUAAUGUUGCAAUGAAUCCCACAGUAAAAUGUAUGUGCAAAGAUUGUUAGAAAUUAAAUUAGAUGAUUUUUUAUAA